CUCCCGCUCCUCACACACGGAGGAAAGAUGGCGUCGCUGAGAGGAGUGGAGUCGGUGUUCGGCGCGGGUUUCAGGUUGUGGCCGGGCGGCCAGACUCCAGGGGAGCUGUACUCGGUGCCCAGCAGCGGCCUGGGGCCGACCAGACACACUCUGAACCCCAUGGUGACUGGCACCUCGGUGCUGGGGGUGAAGUUCGAUGGGGGGGUGAUUCUGGCUGCUGACAUGCUGGGCUCCUACGGCAACAUGGCCAGGUUCCGCAGCAUCUCCCGGCUGAUGAAAGUGAACGAGUGCACUGUGCUCGGGGCCUCAGGAGACUACGCUGAUUACCAGUACCUCAAACAAGUAAUCGAGCAGAUGAUAAUUAAUGAGGAGCUGGUGGGAGAUGGGCACAGCUACAGCCCUAAGGCUCUCCAUUCCUGGAUGACUAGAGUCAUGUAUAACAGG